CUCCUCUAUCUAAUCUAACAACCUCUACUCUACUCUCUCUCUCUCUCUCUACACACACAUCAGUAGAUGAAAUUCAAUUAUCUGACUUUGGUGUCCACUAACCUUCCUUCAGCUUCAAGGCUCAUUAUCAUUACACACCUCCCUCUAAUUCAUUUCAUUUUACCAGUAGGACAGUGACAUAACAACAUAGUAUGGACCCAAGAAUCAGUAGUAGAAGAAGAAAGAUUGGCGUUGGAGGAGCCGUUGAUGCUGCAGGCUCUGUUUUGAAAAUGCAGAGUGACGACGACGAAAUUGUUAGUAAUAAAGCCAUCGUCAAGAAGACCAUACUUCUUCAUGCUGCCAAAGAAGAGAAGAACUCAAAUAAGCAGAAGAAGCUCACGAGGCUGAGAUCGAUUGGUUCAACUCCUCCUGUGACGCCGAGGAGGUCCGUUGGUUCUACUCCUCCGUUGACGCCGAGGAGAUCGAUCUCUAGUGACGUGAAUGACAAGACUUUGACUGUGUCGGUGGCGGAGAAGAAGGAGAGAUCUGAUUUUACUCCGGGGCGGGUUAAGAAGACCCGAUCGGAGCUUUGCACGGUGAUCGUCAAACCCGGUGAAUUUGAUCCAGUUCCGCUGAGAAAGGUGAAUUCUUUACCAGCUCACGGUUCCGAGAAACCUAAUAAGAAAACAGAGGAUGUACAUGUAAAAACAGAGGAUGCACAAGUAAAAGCAGAGGAGACCGUCGACGAAAAGACGCAAAUCACAGAGGAAGUCAAGGAGUUCAGUGUCUGUAAGGAGAUAGUCGUAUCCGAAGACGAGCAGGUCGAGAGUGGCGAUCACGAGGAGGAUGAAGAAGAGGAGGAUAAGGAGGAGGAGGAUAAAGAAGUGGAAAAGCAGAGUAUUGAUGUAAAAGAGAUGGACUUUGCGAAGCAGAGUAGUGAUAACAACAGAGUUGAAAGUCAAUUUCACAACAGAACCGUGCCAUCGACGCCGUCAGCCGUCCGUAAAGUUCCGCCGCCGCCGGUGAUCAAAAGGGCAACUUCCGUCCCACCAAGUAAAGAUGAAGAAAAAGAAAACUUUACUCAUCCACAGAGCAAACUGCAGAGCCUGGAGGAUCUAGUGAUGUGGAGAGAUGCAUCAAGGUCGACGCUUGUGUUCGGCUUCGGAACAUUCCUCAUCAUCUCUUCUUCAUACGCCAAUGAUCUCAACUUCAGCUUCAUAUCAGUGGUUUCCUAUUUGGGACUCAUCUAUCUUGGCCUCAUGUUCGUAUUCAAAGCCGUACUUCGCAGGGGAAUAGUGGAAGAGGGGGAGAGACAUAAAGGUGUUGGAGUGAGAGAGGAAGAUGUGAAGAGGAUACUCAGACUCAUAAUGCCUUACCUCAACGAGUCUCUGCUUCAACUCAGAGCCCUUUUCUCCGGUGAUCCCUCCACCACCCUCAAGAUGGGAGUGGUGCUGUUCAUCUUGGCCAGAUGUGGCUCUUCUAUCACUCUUUGGAACCUUGCCAAAUUUGGUUUUCUUGGAGCGUUUACAGUGCCUAAAAUCUUCACCUCCUACUCAACCCACUUCUCCGCUUACGGGGAAUUUUGGUUGAGGAGAUUCAGAGACGCAUGGGAAACGUGCAACCACAAAAAGGCUGUGGCUUUGGCACUCUUCACUCUCGUCUGGAACCUCUCAUCCGUAGUUGCACGUGUUUGGGCAGCAUUCAUGUUAUUCGUUGCCUUUAGAUAUUAUCAGCAAAAGAUGGUUUGGACCACUGCGCAAGACGAUGACGAUGAUGAAUAUGUAGUAAACGACGACGAAGAAGAUGAAGAAGAAGAACAAGUAGCUAAAAUUAAAAGAGAUCCUUAUAUGAUGAUGAUGCCGAAUAAACUAAAGAAAAAUUCUUAAAUUUCCCUUUUUCCCCCUCACAUAUGUAAACAUAUUGUAAUCUGUUUAGUUUUAGUUAGGGUUCAUCUGUUACAUCUGUUACUUCACUAUAUUAUAAUACACACAUCUUCUGUAUUUUAAAACCUCACUAUUUGUUUAAUGAGCUACUGGAGACAUGAGUCAU